UCAUGCUGUGUGAUCGUGUGGACAGUUUGGGGUUCAGUAGAGACACGUUGUGUGCGAUCGGUCUUGAAAAAUUGAAGUAGUCCAAAAAUGGAAUAGAUUUACAUUUUCUUCAUCACAUUGCACCGGAACGCUUGGGCCGUGAUAGUGAGUUGCUGUGGAACGAAAACGCUUCAAAUAUUGAUAUUGGCAUUGUGCUAAACUGUCGGGAAAGGAAGUGAAAUAUAUAUAAUCACAGAAAUUCCGUAGAAUUUUAGUGCUCUGCAUUGAAGGAAAAUAAUUUGUUUUCCUGCAACAGUGAGAAUGGUGUCCGAAGUAGAUGAAAUUUCGACAGCUUCGUCAACAGCUAAGCCCGGUUCGACGAACGUGACGGAAACUCCUGGAGGGAUAUGCCCAGUCUGCAAUCAGUCGGCGAAAAAACGGUGCUCCGGAUGUAGUCUCGUGUACUACUGCAGCGUCGAACAUCAAAAACAGGACUGGAAGAAUCAUAAACAUGUUUGCCAUCCGUUCAAGAUCAGCAGUGAUGAACGUUUCGGACGGUACAUGGAGGCCACGAAGGACAUCAAAGCAGGUGCGAUUGUGCUGAAGGAAGCUCCGUUGGUGUGCGGGCCAUCCCAAAUAACCGCUCCCGUCUGCGUAGGAUGCCUUCAGGCACUCACCGAGAAACAGUUUCUCGAGUGCGAACGAUGCGGCUGGCCAGUGUGCAAACGAAAAUGUCAAGAUCGGUCCAGUCAUCAGGCGGAAUGCAAAUUCACCAUGGCCCGGGGUAGCAAGAUGUCGCUGCAGCACUUCUACGUCCCGCAUCCGGUUUAUCAGUGUGUAACUCCUUUGCGUUGUCUGCUACUGGCUGAGACCAAUCCGGCCAAAUGGCAAUCAUUAAUCAAAUUAGAAUCGCACGAGGAUCAGCGCCGGGGAUCGAAGCAAUGGCGAGACGAUCGGGAAGGAGUUGCCAAGCUGAUUCCACGAUUCUUCAAGUGUGAAAACAAAUGGACUGAGGAUGAAAUAUUGAGGGUGACCGGUAUUUUGCAAGUCAAUGGCCACGAGAUACCGCUGACCGAUCCACCGUCGGUGGCGGUCUACAGCAACGCCUCGAUGGCUGAACACUCCUGCACUCCGAAUCUGGCCAAGACGUUCACCACGAAGGGUGAAAUCGUCCUGUGGGCUCCGAAUCCGAUCAAGAGUGGCGAACGGUUGAGUAUCUCGUAUUCGGAUGUUUUGUGGAGCACGUGCAACCGGUUGGAUCACCUGCAGCAAACCAAAUUGUUCCGUUGUACAUGUGCCAGAUGCAUUGAUCCUACGGAAUUCGGAACCUAUUUCAGUGCCAUGAAAUGUUCUGGCUUCAAAAAAGAUUCGAGCUGUACUGGGUUAUUAUUGCCAGAGAGCGGCAAGAACUGGCAUAGCAAUUGGACUUGCAACAAGUGUAAAGCAGCGGUCGAAUUCAAGGAAAUUUCGACUAUUCUAGACAGAGUUAGAGUUGACCUGGACGCCAUGGAAAAAACCAACGAAAAGCAUUGCAACUUGUUCAUAUCUCAUUAUUCUCGCUGGCUGAGUCCAAAUCAUCACUAUCUUGUGGAUGUAAAAAUUUUACUUUCGCAAGUAAUCGGCGGCGGGAGUCCGGAUGCUAUCAAAGAGAUAUCAGAUGAAGAUUUAAUGAGUAAAAUGAAAAUGUGUCAAGAUUUGAUUCGUUUGUUUGAGAAGAUUUGUCCCGCUGAGGCUCGUGUUAUCGGCACAACCCGGUUCGAGCUGCACGCUGCAUUGGCAGAGUUUGCCCGCCGGGGAGUAGAAUCCGGAGGGCCUGCAGUAAAAAGUGCUCUCGAGGACUCACUGUACAACGCAAAUGAGUGCGUUCGGAUGCUGUCAAAUGAAUGUGACGAGAUGCCGGAGAGUCACAUUUGCGAACAAGCGAGAAUCAAUGUUAAAUCUUUGAUGAUGUUACUGGGAUUGAGAAUGGAAUAACUUUUUACGAACGAAAAGACAGAAAGACGAGUUUCGUUGUUUGACCAGAUUUUUUUUAGUGUGUUUGAUAUCUGGAAUAUGAGAAGAAUAUUCAAGCUUCGUCCGCAUAAUCAGUAGUUCUUGAACAAUCCGAAGUGACACUUGGCGGCAGUUCAAGUUGAAAUAAAGACUG